AUGGCUAAUCUCAACACGAGUGGGUUUGUUCUCAUGGGAUUUUCUGCCAACCCUGAGCUACAACUCUUAUAUACUUCUUUGUUCUUAGUCUUCUACUUGUUGGCAUUAACCGGUAAUAUCCUCAUCAUCACCACCACUUCCAUGGAUGAGAGCCUCAACUCCCCCAUGUACUUCUUCCUGAAGCAUCUCUCCUUCUUGGAUCUCUGCUAUAUUUCUGUGACUGUACCCAGAUCCAUCUACAAUUCUUUCAUGCAGAGUGGCAACAUUUCCCUCGGGGAAUGCAUAGUGCAGUGCUUUGCUUUCAUUGCUUGUGGUUGUACUGAAAUGGCCAUGCUCACGUUGAUGUCCUAUGACCGCUACGUGGCCAUCUGCUUUCCACUGCACUAUGACAUCAUCAUGGAUGUCAGAACCUGCCUCCAAGGAGUCGUCAGUGUCUGGGUCAGUGGGGCCAUCUCUGGAGUCAUGCACACAGCAGCGACUUUCUCCAUCCGCUUCUGUGGCCCCCGGAUCAUCCACCAGUUCUUCUGUGACAUCCCCCAGAUCCUGAAACUUUCCUGCUCCAAUGACUAUCCUGCUGAGGUUGGUGUGUCUGUCUUCCUCUCUUUGCUGGCAUUUCUUUGUUUCAUCUUUAUUGGAUUCUCGUACAUGCACAUAUUUUCCUCUGUGCUGAGGAUGCCAUCAGUGGAGGGCAGAGCCAAGGCCUUUUCCACCUGCCUCCCCCACCUUGCUGUUGUCAUAUUGUUUAUAUCUACAUUUGCCUUCGCGUUUUUUAAGCCUCAUUCUUACUCUCCAACUGCUUUUGACAUAUUUCUUACUAUGAUGUAUACAGUCGUUCCCCCAACAUUCAAUCCACUGAUCUAUAGCUUGAGAAAUAAAGCCAUAAAGUCAGCUGCAAAGAAAGUUUUUCAAAGAAGAAAUGAAGCACUUAUUUCUAUUUGCUAUCUAUUAGAAGACAAGUUUAGUAUAUAA